AUGUAUGAAGUUGUAUUGAACAACUUAAUAGUUUCCAAGAAAUCGGUAAAUCAUUUGAGUUAUAUUGGCGGCAAUAAACCUCCAGCCAUAGUUAAAAGGAUACUCGAAAAAGUGUUCACAAACAACCUUGCUGUCAAUUGUAACUGGACAGGGAAAAAUAAAAAGACUUCCCUAAAGGAUCUUCGUAUAGUAAAGAUAAUAAAAGAGAAAAUUGCUAAAUGGCUGGGUGAAAAAGCAGCUGACAAGAAAUUUGAUAAUAAUGUGAAUAUUAGUAAGAAAAAUAAUAAGGCUAUAAUUCGUGAUGGACGGAUAAAAAGAUUUUUUUUGUAUUUAAAUGUGCUCCUCACCAAGAUGCCCACCAAGACUACGAGACGUACUGCAGUGUUCCUCAUAAAAGGCAAGGACACUGGGCCAAACUGA